AUCAUCAAUAAGGCAAUCUCGACUUCUCUCAAUUUCAUCCUCUAUUCCAUAACCCAAAGCACGGCUAUUGAAUUGAACUGAUCAAAGGAAGCAGCAUAUAAAUACUGUUGGAUCAUAUCGUUAUGGGCUCUGCGACGUUCGUGGAGGUGAUCUUGGCCAUCUUGUUGCCACCCCUGGGAGUCUUCCUGCGCUACGGCUGUGGUGUGCAGUUUUGGAUCGAUCUGCUGUUGACGAUAUUUGGUUACAUACCUGGAAUCGUUUACGCCAUCUUCGUCUUGGUGGGAUAGUGCCUACGUACGAUCGAUCACUCAGUAAAUUUUUCACUGACUAGAAGGUGGUUCAUGCAAUAAGUUGCGAGGAUGAUCCAUGAACGUGUUCCAGUUUUGCCUUGUGAGAAAAUUAUACCUUUUUGUUCUAUUUAUGUUGAUGAC